AUGCUGGCAUUAGCGCUGACAGCGGAGUUGGAAGGCGUGACCGACCUCGUACCUUCUGAUACAGCUGAAUCACCGUACUAUUACACUUUCAAAGUCCAGUGCACAUCAUGUCGCGAGAUUCAUGCAAACUGGGUGGGCGUCAGCCGCCAUGAGAUGAACGAACAAUCCGGGAGCCGAGGAGAAGCGAACUUUGUCUGGAAAUGCAAGAACUGCAAGAGAGAAUCAAGCGCCUCGAUCAAAGCAGCUCCAGCAAAAUAUGAGCAAAAUUCUCCCGCAAAACCAAAGAAUAUCAUAGACAUCGAUUGCCGAGGACUUGAGUUCACGGAUUUCAAGCCAGAUGGGGAGUGGGAGGCAAGGGGGAUCGAGUCUGGGACGAAGUUCACGGGUAUUGACUUGUCGGAAGGAGAGUGGUUUGACUACGAUGAGAAAGCCGGUGAGGAAGUGAGCAUUAAAGACAUCAAAUGGCAGAUACGGCGAGCUUGA